CGCGCAGGGCGGUGAUGCCCAGCCCGCGGCGGCAGGAUGCGGGAGGGGAGCGCGGGCGGCCGCGGAGCGGAGAACCGGACGGGCACCGAGCCCCCGCUGCACCUUUUCCCCGUACCCGUCCUCACCGGCAUCACCGUCGCCUGUGUCCUCCUCUUCGUCAUCGGGAUUAUCGGCAACCUCAUGACCAUGCUGGUGGUGUCGCGGUUCCGGGACAUGAGGACCACCACCAACUUCUACCUGUCCAGCAUGGCUUUCUCCGACCUGCUCAUCUUCCUCUGCAUGCCCCUGGACCUCUUCCGCCUCUGGCAGUACCGGCCCUGGAACUUCGGAGACCUCCUCUGCAAGCUCUUCCAGUUCGUCAGCGAGAGCUGCACCUACUCCACCAUCCUCAACAUCACCGCGCUCAGCGUGGAGCGAUACGUCGCCAUCUGUUUCCCCCUCCGAGCUAAAGUGAUCAUCACCAAGGGGAAGGUCAAGCUGGUCAUCCUCUUCCUCUGGGCCAUCUCCUUCCUUAGCGCUGGACCCAUCUUCGUCUUGGUGGGGGUCGAGCACGAGAACGGCACGAACCCCCUGAGCACCAACGAGUGCCGGGCCACCGAGUACGCCAUCCGCUCGGGGCUGCUCACCAUCAUGGUCUGGACCUCCAGCAUCUUCUUCUUCCUGCCCGUGUUCUGCCUGACCGUGCUGUACAGCCUCAUCGGGAGGAAGCUCUGGAGGAGAAAGAGAAAGAACAUCGGUCCGAACGCUGUUAUCAGGGAUAAGAACAACAAGCAAACUGUGAAAAUGUUAGUUGUGGUGGUAUUUGCUUUCAUACUCUGCUGGUUGCCUUUUCACGUAGGACGAUAUUUAUUCUCCAAAUCCUUUGAAGCUGGCUCCCUGGAGAUAGCAGUGAUCAGCCAGUACUGCAACUUGGUGUCCUUUGUCCUCUUCUACCUUAGCGCAGCCAUCAACCCCAUCCUCUACAACAUCAUGUCGAAGAAGUACCGAGUCGCCGCUUGCCGCCUGUUUGGGCUCAAACCCCUUCCAAGGAAAAGACUCUCCAGCACGAAGCGAGAAAGUUCGCGGGUUUGGACAGAACCGAGCGUUAUCACAUGACACGCCGUUUCCAGCGCCGGAGCAUCGCUUACCACCAGUAUUUCCCAGAAAGCCAUAAGAGAAGGAGGCCGAGAAACACAAAUCACCUUAAAGCUCUUCUUUUGUCAUCAUCUGGAUUUGCUGGAAGAUGUAAUGGUGUAGGCAGUUAAAGAUUUUAAAAAAAACCACCCCAAAAUCCACUGAACUUUGAGACUAAAAGGAGGCACAUGGUCAUGGAAUUUGGCAACACUCAAGUGCUAUUCUGCUGCUGCUUUUGCCCCUAUUUUUUUAGUGCUGGCUUUAGCAGGAGAGCCAGGCUUUACCAUUCUUAACAGGCAAACGUAGCCCAGGUUGCUUGAGAGUUUGUGCGACUUCAGCAGCAGCUAAUUCGAGCGGGAUUUUUCCAGAGUUCACUUAGUUUUGCCAGCAUACAGCUAGGCCCCAGCGAGAGGAGAUGGAAAUGCCUUUUGCAAGUAGUAAACACGGAAUUUGAUACACUUUUCAUAAUCGUAAUUUUUAAAUAAACUAACAUUUUUCUCUGAACGAGGAAAAUGAUUUCUUAAAAAAGAAAACAGAAGUAAAAUGGAUCAUUUUUAAACAUGCUAAAAAUAAAUUACCUUCAUGUCCUGUCCUAGUAGAAAGGAAAUUUAAAAAAAAAAACACCCUUCACAGAAGUGGCUUAGAACAUGACUGUACUGAAAUAUUUUUUUAAAAUAUAUAUCAGUGGGACAAGGACAGUGCUGACUUCAGGACUGCAGUGAUGCUAUAAAAAUACAGAAUGCAAUCUCCCACCAAAGUCAUAUUUUUUUUUUUUCUACCAGCUAAAUCAUCUGUGCUUGUUCUGUUCAGCUUGACUGUGAACGCCUCGACGUGUUUGAACUUGGAAGCUUUGGGUUGUUUCGCUAUUUGUAACGAGUCCGCGGGUACCUGGCCCUGUGCUGCGCGCCGCCGUGCCCCUAAGCCUGCGAAGGGCGGGCCUCCUGCCGAUAAAAGCCACUUGUUUCUGCUUCAAGCACACCAGCCGGUUGCCCGCCCCACGGCCCCCCUAGCGCCCGGGGUGCAGUUCUACCAGUUUGCUGCAGUAUUAAAUGGAGAACAGGUUUUUUUUGAAUGAACGUGACCUGAAAAACUAAUAGAAAAAUCUGCGUCAAAAGACACAAGCAGACACAUUCUCAUACUUGAUCCAUAAAAAUCUUAAAUCCAAUUGAUUUUUAUAACUCAAGCGUGCCAUUAGAAGGCAAACCAGAAAACUUUCCAUCCUUUAUGCUAAUAAGUCUUAUAUUGCACCUACCGUCACACCAACACGUAGAUUUUUGUGGCACAGCUGACAGAGCCUCGCAGCAUGCAUGUGCAAUAGCAGCUUUCUAUUUAUUUUGUUCAAAUAUUUAUGACCAGCUGGUCCACAACCGAUUCUCCAUAAUGAAUUACCUGUUAGCAAAAGUCCUACCGCCUUCAAACCCCUGCUAACGCUGACGGGCCCCUUCCCGCCGGUUACGCCUUUAGCUGGCGGUGCUGCCCAGGUGGAACGAGAAAGAGAAUUUGGCCUCUUCUGUAUAUACUGUGUGUUUUAUAUCAUCCAGCGCUUUGCUCGGGCCAGGGGGCUGGUUGCUGCUCCUCGGUGCGGCACCUGAGCCUGCCUUGCUCCCCGCUCCGGCACUCGCAGCGAGCACAGGUUUGAUGUACGGAAACCUAUAAAUUAAGGGACAUGGGAGCAGCAGCACUAUGGGAUCAUCUCCCCGUUCGUCUCUAACCACAUCCGCCGCGUUACUCGUUCUGCGCUCUCGCUCGUUGCCGACUGACGGACAGAUCUGAUGGCAGAUGUCAUGCAACUCAGGGAAACAAGCAAUUUGGGAAUCUUGUAAAGAUUGUGAAGACGUGAGCUCACUAAUAACCUGUCUGUGUAAAUGAACCCAUCACACGCCUAGCGUCACGUAAGUGUUUCAAAUCUCAGCUGUGUCUGUGGUAUUAAAUGUGAACAGAAAAAGAAAUAAAGUGAUGAGACCCUUUAUAACCUUACCGGGUCGGUGGUGGUGGAGGAUCUGGUACGAUGGCACGCCGGCUGGAGGAGUCUCCGUUGGGUUCGCUCGGCGCUGCCACGCGCCCCUCCUCGCCGCGCGGGAGCCGGGCCCGGCCCCGGGUGCCGCAGGCAGGGCAGGCACCCCUCGGCGGCGGUGGCCUACGGGACCGGUACCAGGGUCGCCCCCGGCACGCGAGGCUUCACAGGCUGGCUCCGUUCCCUGCGAGUAAAACCUGCGUCUCGGUGACAGGAAGCAAUUCUGCGCGGCCAGAACGGUCCCACAGAGGCUUUUACCUAGAUGAGGAGCUGCAUCAUGGGGUUUUAAUUUUUUUUCCCAAACCUGUAUAACGAACCUGA